AUGACAAUGAAAACAGAAGAUAACAUUGAAAUGGAUUGGGAUGAGCUGAGAGAAGAUUCCAAUCUUCUUGAAUUUUUUGAUAGCCAGGAAUUUGAAAUGGACGAAACUGACUCAUCAAUGGAUUGCAGUUUAGCUGGAAACGAUAGUUUCCUUGAAAAUAUUGCCAUGAAUAAUGCACAUUAA